AUGUCCUUCUUCAGUAGGAAGAAGCAUACUCAACAACAGGCCAGCACUUCUGUUGCACCAUCACCUGCGAGCGCUGCCCUCGCCCAGAUCCAACAGCAGCCUUCGACGGGCCAGCAACAGCAACAGCCUCAAAAGCAACUAUCUAAGGAGACCAGCUACGAUAGUGGUCUGAAUGGCCGCGGUAGCCCCUCCCCCGCCAUCAACGGUGUCCAGCCAGGCAUCACCCAGACAGCUCAGCGCAGUGGGCAGGCCCCGCCACCGGCACCGAACAGCACGAACCCUGCUCCCGCGGCCCCGCCAGGCGGCCAGCAAGGCCAGCAGUCAAGCUCAGGCCAGCGACCAGCUUAUCCAUGGUCACAGCGCCGCCUCCAGCUCCCCCCACCGGUGACGAUUCCCAAGCCAGGCGUCGCGCCGCCCACCGCAGCGUCGCCAUCGCCCUUCCCCAGAUAUGGCCAUGCGCUGCCUGCGAAUGCGACGACGUCUGGAGAGCUGUUCCUCUUCGGCGGUCUUGUGCGAGAGACGGUGCGAAACGACCUCUACCUCAUCUCUACAAGGGAUCUGUCUGCGACGCUGCUGCAAACGACGGGAGAGAUCCCGUCGCCCCGUGUUGGUCAUGCCAGCGCUCUCGUUGGGAGUGUUCUGAUUGUGUGGGGAGGCGACACCAAGACGAGCUCGAAGGCGAAGCCGGGAGAUAAGCAGGACGAUGGGCUAUACCUGCUCAACCUCGUCUCACGCGAAUGGACCCGAGUCGCUGUCUACGGCCCUUCGCCAGUAGGCCGCUAUGGUCAUGCGGUGACAAUGGUGGGCUCGAAGUUCUACGUCUUUGGUGGGCAAGUGGAUGGGGAAUUCCUAAACGACCUGUGGUCCUUCGACCUCAACUCACUGAGAACGAAGGCUACGUGGGAGCUGGUCGAGCCCGUAGAAGGCUCGCCUCGCCCCCCCAAGCGAACAAGCCACAUCUGUGUGACGUACGGCGAGAAGAUCAUCUUAUUCGGCGGAACGGACUGCCAGUACCACUACAACGAUACCUGGGCGUUCGAUACCAACACCAAGACGUGGACCGAGUUGACUUGCAUCGGCUUCAUUCCUUCCCCACGAGAGGGCCACUCCGCGGCCAUGGUCGACGACGUCGUUUAUGUCUUUGGUGGUCGAGGUGUUGAUGGGAAAGACCUUGGAGACCUCGGUGCCUUCAAGGUGUCUAACCAGCGGUGGUACAUGUUUCAGAAAAUGGGACCUGCGCCGUCGCCACGAUCGGGUCAUGCGAUGGCAUCCAUGGGCUCGAGAGUGUUUGUGCUCGGGGGUCUCGGCGGCGAGUCGCUAAACCCUCAGAAGCCCGAGGACCCCUCGAUCAUUCAUGUGCUUGACACAAAGCAUAUCAAAUACCCGGACUCGAGCAAGCCACCCCCACCAGCAGUGAAUGGGCGAAAAUCGGUCAGUGCUCAGCCUCAACCGGUGCAGAGACCCAGCGGUGAUGCUGGUGCACCUCUCCAGCCGCGAGAAGAAUCUCCAUAUGACAAGGUCAUCGAUAACGAUGAGGCGCGGCGGGCAGGUUCUCCGACCGGACGACAGCUGCUCGUGAACGGAACCCAGUCCUUGUCAAGCAAAGGCAAGGUCAAGGCACGCGACGGAGAUUACGAGGGUUAUGAUGUCGGUGAGAGUAGCCCUGACACCGUGGAGUCUUCGGGUAUGCGCGAGAAUGCUGUCUCCCCCGACGGCGGCCGGGCGAAGAGCCCCACCAACAUGGGCGCGAGCCGUGCUGUGUCCCCCUCCCAAGCCGCCGAGAUGUAUGAUCCUGCUGGUCCUCAAGCUAGUCUGGCGAGUGUCAUCAUGCAGCGCAACGGCGUUAAUGCUCGCAGUCCAUCGCCGGUGGUUGUAGAGCGGGCGAAGAGCCCCCUCGAGAGUUUCCACAACAGGGCCCCCGCUUCUCCUACCGUGAACGGCUUUGUGAAACCAGGAUCGACUGGCAACCUCACCGCCGACCUGAUCCGCGACCUCAAGGACAAGGAGGCUGAGGUAGAGGCACUGAAGAAGAAGCAGGCUUGGAUGAAGGCAGCCCUACUGAAAGCGGAACGUUCUGGGUUCAUCUACGCCGAGUCAGAAGAGGAGCUGUCCUCGCGCGCGGACGAUGACGACAUUGAUAGCAGGAAGGUCACAGAGAUGGUGAUCAACUUCAAGCAAUUGAAGGCUAAGAUUCAGGUGGCCGUCCUCGAGCGUGCCAAGGACGCAUCAGACCGGGUAUACGAAGCUGAACGCGUCCGCGCUAGUGCCGUGCAGGAGGCCGCGUUCUAUCGGGCUAAGCUCGCCGCUCUCGAGACAUCGUCUGACAACGAAGUCGCGAAAAUUGAGCGCGAACGCAUUGCGGAUCUCGAGCGUCAGCUUGCUGUUGCGCUUUCUGGCCAAGUUGAGCGCGACCGCAAGAUCCAGGAGCUCAAUGACUCGGUCUCGUUGCAAACCACUCUCUUGGAGCAGGCAGAGGCUCGUGCGGAGGAUGCGUCGAAGCGUGCUGACACUUUGGCGCAGGCACACGAGCAGCAAACCGAGGCUCAUAACGCCUUGCGCGACCGCCACGCGAAGUUGGAGGCGAAGCACAGGGAGACAUCGGACAGCCUACUUUCACAGACGUCUCUAGUAGAGCAGCACGAAGCCGACUACAUCAAGGCCCAGUCUCAGCUCGACGACCUUCUCAGGGAGCACGACCAGCACAUCCGUGCUCUCGACCAGACACGCGCUGCUCUCGAGGCUGCGUCCGCUCGUGCUGAUGAGGUCGAUGCUCAGUACGCUCGUGCUCGUGAGCACAUUGGUCAGCUCGAGGCUGACGUCGCGGAGCUUCGUGGUGAGCUAGAGUCGCGCACUGCAGAGAUCGAAGCUGCUCGUGUGCGCAUCGCGGACGUUGAGAACUUCUGGGCGAAGUCUCGCGAGGAGGCCGAUGCUUUCCGUGCCGUUACCACCGGCAGCUUAGGAAAGCUUCUCGACUCUCACCACGAGCUCAGAAGCGACGAGGACCGUCUCACUCGCGGCUACUCAGAGAAGAUCAACGCCCUUCAGAACGAGGUCUCCUCCCUUCGUGACAUGCUCAGAGACACUUCGCGUCGCGCCGAAGAAGCCCAGGAGGAGCUCUCCAGGGAGCGUCAGAAGGCUCGCGAGGCGGAGACAGAGACCCUCUCUCUGCGUUCCCAGGUCGUCGGCUUCCGCACGCAGCUCUCCAUCGCCCUUGCCGACAGCGGACGCCUGCACAAGGAUCUGCUCGCCAAGGAGACUGAGCUUCAAGCGAAGAGCAAGGAGGCUUCUGCCGCUGCCAUGCGUAUGGAUGCUAUGCGCUCCUACCUCGCUGCUAACGGCGUCGUCGCCGAGGACGAUGACGGGAAUCCGCUCAAGGCUGAUGACGUUAUGUCUGCUCGUAUCCAGGAACUCGAGGACAGGCUUGCAGAGCGUACGCGGGCGCACGAGAUCGCUGAGCGCGAGCUCCAAACGCUUCUCUCCCAGAAGCAGGAUGUCGACGCGCAGGUUGAAUCGCUUUCGGCGCAAUUGGACCGCCUUCGCACCACACAGAGCCCAUCGCGCCGCAACGGCCACGAUAGCGGCUCCGAGGUGCGCAUUUCCGAAUUGGAGCAAAAGCUGGAGGAGACCGAGAGCUCGUACAAGGCUCGGCUCCAGCAACUCGAGGAGGACUAUCAGCUCGCCGUUCAUUACGUUAAGGCAACUGAGAAAACGAUGCGCAAGAUGAAGGAUGAGCUGACGAAGCAGAAGACUCUGAAUCAGAGCAUGCAGGCCGAGAUGGAGCGCGGAUCACCAAGCAUGAGGUUGCGAGGGCUCAACGGCCGUGGGACGCCUUCGUCAGACGACAGCAACGAGUUCUUGCGCAACCAGCUGCAGGAUGCUCAGCGUCAGGUCCAGCGUCUCAACAACGACAACAAGGACCUGCGCAACCGGAUAGAUAGCCUCGAACAGGAUCUCGAACACAUGCGGGACAACGUCAUCCAGUCCCAGCGCGAGUCUGACGAACGACUAUCCCGCAUCGAGGAGCUCGAGCAAGACGUGGAGCGCCUGCAGAACUCGCUCGUCAUCGCGCGCGGCGGUCACGAUGAAACGCUUCUCGAGCAGCUCAGCAACGAGAACACCAAUCUCAAGCGCGAGAACGAUCAGCUUUCACAUAAAAUCGAGCUUCUCCUCGCCGUCGACCAGCCUUCUUUCGGCCAUGGUCGUCCCAUGUCUGGCAUUUCGGAACGCCGUGCUAGCACUUCGAGCUCAGAAAACGCCAUGGCGUUCGAGCACUUGUCAAGCGAGUUGGAUGAUUGGCAGCGACAGCUCGCCAGUUCCAUGAGCAAUCGCAGGCCAGUCCUAGAAUACGAUUCGCCUUCUCUCGGUCAUGAACGAGCCCGGUCGCGCUCAUGA